CGAACGGGGGCGGCGCCGAGGAAGGGGUCGAGACGCUGCGGAAGAUGGGGACAGAGGCACUCCAGACACACGGCCAUCUUCAGCAGAUACCGAAGGACGCGGACAACCCCGUCAGUGGAAUCAACGCCGAGGACCGCGUCCUUGAGCUGAUGGAGCCCCGGUGGUUCCCGGACGGCGUGCCAUGUUUCGACCCUCGAUCAAUUCAGGAGGUUCUGGAGCGGCCGUGGUUCCGCCGCGUCUGGGUCCUGCAGGAGGCGGCCGUCAACACCAACGUCGCCUUCCACUGCGGACGGCAGACAAUCUCGAAGCAUGUCCUGUGGGCAGGCGUCCGCUGCGCCAAGCUCCUGGCCAACAAGAUAUCGAAUCGCAGCCGGGCCGGCGGCUGCGAUGCUGGCGACCCGAGCAUCUUGCAGGCCGAAGCCGGCGUCGGGUUCUUGUCCAGACGAACCCUGGAACUGGUGACGGCUCGGAAACGAAAGCUCCCUCUCCAGGCGCUGUUGUGCGAUGUCACGAUGAAUCUGGGCGAGUGGGCUUACGAGGCGACCGAUCCGCGAGACCGCGUCUUUGCGAUACUCGGCUUCUCCUGCGAUGCUGACGUCCUCAACAUCCGCCCUGACUACGCCAAGACCUGCGCAACCAUCUACACGGACGUUGCCGAGGCGAUCCUGGCUCGCUCGGGAACGCUUGAUAUCUUGUAUGCCGUCUCCGGGCCCCGGAACGUCAAGGCCUUGCCCUCAUGGGUCCCGGACUGGUCAGUCCCUGUCCCAUCUACGUUUGGGCCCCGCAGCAUUGGCAGAUUCUCCGCCGCCGGCCCCAUGUCUCGAUCUCGCACGGCAUUCAAAUCAGACCAAUUUCACAACAGGCUUCUGGUCCUGUCUGGAUACCGAGUUGACACGGUGGAGGCGGUGGUGCCGUAUCAGGUGGACCCGCAGUGGGAAGACGACUCUGACAACGAGGGCCGAAUGUCUCUGUUAACCGAUUCUCUCCGAGAUCUCGGCUCGAGAGAGCAGACUGCCUACCCUUCAGAAGAGGCGAGGUACGACGCGUUGUGGAGAACACCAAUCGCCGACUGCGACGCCGUCAUCGACACGAAACUGAAGAUGCGGCCAGCGGCAUCUGAAUGGAUGAAGAAGUCUUUUGAAGCCUUUGUAGGGAUCGCCCACCAAGCAGACUCAGCGUGGAGGAGGAGAGCUUCCAAACCUUACAUUCACACUAUGAAGCUCGAAGCUGCCCGGCGGCGAGUCUUUGUUUCGUCACGGGGAUAUUUUGGUCUUGGACAAGAAACCCUGCGUGUCGGAGACACUAUAUGUGUCCUCCUUGGCGGAGACAGUCCUUUUCUCAUUCGAGAAGUCGGGCUUGGUUACCAUGAGCUCAUUGGUGAGGCUUAUGUCCAUGGGAUAAUGUGUGGGGAGUUCUUGGGUAAGAACUUGACUGUUGAGCAGUUUAUAAUAUGCUAAGAAUCAAGCUUGCGAGCAAGCCAUAGGGCGGGAUCGUGGUCAUUGGGUCAGUGAUGUAGUUUGUCAUAAAAGGAGAAAGAAAGGAAAGUUGGGUUGUCUAGGAAAGCCUGAAAUAAGGCUAUCAUGCGUCUCAUGAUGACCCCGAAAUGUGUCAUGAGCUAUAUGAGGGAUGUAACUUCUCUAAUCCUAUGCGUCUAAGCUAUGUCUAUACACUGGGCUGACUAUAGGAAGUAACAGGCCGCUAUUAUAGACUAUUAUAUUCUAAGUUAA